AUGCAGGAGCUGUACCGACUUCAGUUAGGUUGGGAGAUCUUACCAGUGGAUAUAAUUACCAAAUGGAUAGCCUUUGUGGAAGACUUACGAAACGCAAGCGGAUUCCAUGUGCCGCGAUACGAAGGUGGCUCCCAUAAGGCGGUGUUAAUUCCUAAACUGGAGCUAUGCGGAGCACAGUUGUUAACACGGCUAAUAGUUAAAAUCAAGACCUCAUGGAGCAGCAAGAUAGAUACGAUAUAUUUGUGGACAGAUGCGUCCAUCGUUUUGCACUGGAUCAAGACAGUUAACAAGAAGCUGCCCGUAUUCGUCGCUCAUAGAGUAGGGGAGAUCCAAGAGCUGACCGCAACCCAGGAUUGGAACCACAAAGGUCCCACAUGGUUGGCGGAUCAAGCGCAAAUCGAUCAGCGAUUGAGGUUAGAAAUCAAUAUAGAGGCUCAAGAGGAUCAGUCAUAUGUGCGAGCAAUGGUAACAAUAGUGAAGCAAUCAGAAACGGGGCUGGUGGAAAGAUUUUCCACGCUACAGAAUCUCGUUCGAGUCAUAGCCACUUGUAUAAGAUUUGCGCGACUUUGCAGAAAAACAAAUCAAGUGAACGCUUCCCAACCGCUGAUGGUAGAUGAACUGGAGCAUGCUAAGAGAUGCAUAAUCAAAAUAGAACAACAAUCCGUCUUUAUCACGGAGAUUAACGCGUUGCGCGCGAAAGAAGCAAUACCUGUAAGUAGCACCCUAAAGCAUCUCAAUCCUUUGCUGGAUAACGAGGGUUUGUUACGAGUAGGAGGCAGGCUAGAACAUUCCGGAUUGUCAUACGAAGCUAAGCACCCGGUAGUGUUGCCGCGUCAUUCCAAGCUCACUAAACUAAUUAUAUUGCACGAACAUACCAGGAAUGGUCACGCGGGUUCGGAUGCUACUUUGUCAGCGGUAUGA